GUUGGAUUCGGAUCGCCAUCGUCGUCGACGUCGUCGGUUUCAUAGACAACCUGCCGCCGGUCUCGUGGUCAAACUCUGUCUGAAUGUUGUCGUCCCACAUUCUAAGUUUUUAAUUGGUUUAACCAAAGUUUUUAGUUUUCAGUUUUUGAUUUUAUUUUAAUUUUUACUUUGGCGGGGCGUGUGUUGCUCAGAAAAUCGUAUCGCGUAGUGUAUAAUCAAGCUAUCUGUUAUCUGUGUACCUUAUUUGUGAUACCCUAACCAACAACAACUAAAUAGUUUAAAACACUAAACCAAUUUUGUUGAAUAAUAAAAUAUUAUUAAACCGCUUAAACCAACAAAGAUAAAUGUGCUAAAGUUACAACUAGAAGAAGAUUAUGUAAUCGGGCACCACUACGAAAUGGAUUACGUAACUCUGGUGUGGCAUGCACUGUAAAUGAAAAUGCACAAACUCGACGUAAAUCGAAAUUAUAUGGCGACCAAGUGAAAAUCCCCCGCUGAGUGAACGAGCCAACCCGAAAAUAGAGUCAUCAAAUUUGCGCUGGCUUCACGGAAAUUAACCGCUGCCGAUUCGCCACGCUCAUAUACACGGCAAUCCGCCGUGAAGUAGGCAACAAAAUAUAUUUAUGCGCCCAAGUGAUAACAGCGGAAAAGGCAACGAAGCACAACAGACGCUGACUUAGGCAGAGGACAGGAGCAGGACUUGGCGAUCCAUAGACAGGGGCGGAGUUAGGACAGGAGUCAGAGGAAAACAAGGGAAACGACCACAGCAUCACCAUGAAGGGUCUGACGGCGUUUAAGGAGAAGGCGACGGGCGUGUUUGGCGGUCUCAAGCCCAACAUGGAGAAGUUCGAGAUAUCGCAGGGUUAUCAUGGCGGUCAUGGUGGCUACGAGGAGAUGGAAGGGGGCGAGCGUGAGGGCCGCGGACCGGGUGGCGGCCACGCUUACGACGACGAUGACGAUCGGCCCGAUUCGCCCGCCUCCUUCGAGGAGAUUGAGCGUCCGCCGCUCCGAAAGAUCGACAAGUACUGCAAGGCAGAGUGUCCUUGCAUGCCGGCCCGCUACACUAUCGCCACGAUGGCCUGCGUGGGAUUCAUGAUUGCCUUCGGAAUGAGGUGCAAUAUGUCAGCGGCCAAGCUCAAGGGAGAGCACAACGGGACUGUAUUCAUGAACUGGACCGUCGCCGUGGAAAGCCAUGUGGACUCGUCCUUCUUCUGGGGCUAUCUGGUGACGCAGAUUCCCGGCGGCUUCAUCGCCUCCAAGUUCCCGGCCAACAAGAUAUUCGGCCUGUCCAUCGUCAGCUCCGCCACAUUGCAUCUCUUCGUGCCGUUCGCCAUGACUUUGAUGCACGGUCAUGUGGUUAUUUGCGUGCGCGUCCUGCAAGGACUCUUCGAGGGCGUUACGUAUCCGGCUUGUCAUGGCAUUUGGCGCUUCUGGGCACCACCGAUGGAACGUUCCAGACUGGCGACGUUGGCCUUUUCUGGUUCCUACGCCGGAGUGGUGGUGGGGCUACCGCUAUCCGGACUCUUAGCCGAUGCCGUGGGCUAUCAGGCGCCAUUCUACGCUUACGGGGUAUUCGGAAUAAUUUGGUAUAUGUUCUGGAUAUGGUUGUGCUUCGAGAAUCCAAGGAAGCACCCGGCCAUCAGUAUACCCGAGCUGAAGUAUAUCGAGAAAUCGCUUGGGGAAUCGGCUCAUCCCACAAUGCCAUCGCUAAAGACGACUCCUUGGCGGGAGAUGAUGCGUUCGAUGCCGGUUUACGCCAUCAUUGUGGCCAACUUCUGCCGCUCCUGGAACUUCUACCUCCUAGUGCUGUUCCAAUCCUCGUUCCUCAAGCACAAGUUCGGUUUUAAGGUGGAGGAGGCGGGUUUCGUGGGAUCCCUGCCCCAUUUGAUAAUGACAACGAUAGUUCCAUUCGGCGGCAUGUUGGCGGAUCACCUGCGAAAAAAUGGAAUCCUGUCCACCACCAAUGUGAGGAAGCUCUUCAACUGCGGCGGUUUCGGAAUGGAGGGCUUGUUCUUCCUGUUCGUGGCACAUUCCUCAACGGCGACGGGAGCCAUGUUUGCCCUGACCUGCGGCGUGGCCUUUAGUGGGUUUGCCAUAUCUGGUUAUAACGUCAAUCAUCUGGACAUUGCUCCUCGUUAUGCUAGUAUCUUGAUGGGUCUCUCCAACGGCAUUGGCACUCUGGCUGGCAUCAUUGUACCCUACGCCCUAGAUGGACUUAUCCAAGCUAAUCCUACUGGCUGCUGGACCACGGUGUUCACCCUGGCCGCCUGUGUUCAUUUGGUUGGCUGCACUUUCUACGGUAUUUUCGCCUCCGGAGAGCUGCAGCCUUGGGCGGAACCCCCACCCGAGGAGCAGAAGGUGUGGGCACCACCACCAGGCGCCAUUACGGAUCCUAGCCAAGCGGGCAUGAUGGGCGACUAUAUGAAGGAAACCUCAUUUGGUGCCCCCGAGUACAAUGAACAGAGCCAAAUGCAGCAGUCGAAUGCCAUUAGCUACGGCGCCACAGGUCACGUGGCCAACAAUCCGUUUGCCAUGGCCGGUGGUGCACCACCCAUUGCCGAGGAGGAUGCCCCACCGUCUUACGGGGAAGUUUCGAAUGCAGGACAAUAUGGAUACACGCAAGGACAAAUGCCGUCCUACGAUCCACAGGGAUACCAGCAGCAGUAAUGGGUUCACUAUGGGUCACUGAUAUAUAUCAUAGCUUUUAGUUGUAGUCGAAAAUCGUUUGUCGUUUAUUGUUUGUUCUUGGUGUGCCGUUAAAGUUUCCCCCCCAUUCUCUCCCUAUUUGUUGAGUUCCAUCGAUGAAGGGAUCCUAAGGCCUUUCGGAGAAUAUAUACGAGUAUAUAACUAAAGAGUAACGAAUUUGUCAGCGAUUAAGGGGAUUCCACAUGCCACACUAACACAAUGAAACUAUGUACCUAACAGAGAAACUACAUAUGCAUACACAGCAAUACCGAUAGCCAUUACCAUUACCGUUAGCCCACAUAGACCCGAACUGGCCUAAUCUAUAGACCGAUCUAUAUAGCAUACAUAUAGUAUAUAUAUUAAGGCCUCGCUUACGCGGAUUUCUAUUUACAAGCUCCGAAAUCAAAACUGCAACACAAGAUAGGGAAAGAACUGGAAAUAUAUAUUCAAAACUUGUGUAUAUCAUAAACCACAUAAUCCACACGAAGCCUAUACUAACUAUAUCUAAAUCGGUAUAAUCGUAUAAAUAGCUAAAAAUUGUUGUUGAACUGCAAACUGCAAGUUUUAUUACCGUUGAUGAUAUUAUCUUCCGUGUAAAGAGAACAUUUUAAUCAAACCCAAGCAAUUGUUGAUGUUCGGCACGAAUGAUAACCAUAAAAAUGACUAGCUAAUUAAUAAAUCCUAGUAAUAUCCCGUUAACUCUGUAUUGUUUUUGAUUGAUUUGUUUAGUUUAAUAAUUACUAAUGCACCGUAUGCUUUUGUGUUGAAAGAACAUGAGCAAGGCAUGAUAUAGGUACUAAAACAUAACUCUUAAGUAGAUAGCCGUAGGCGCAUAUAACCUCAGACUUGGUCUUCAUAUGCUCACCACACUAAUUAAUAAUAAGCAAAAGGAACACUUUAAAUUAAUAUCUAUAAACGUUUUCUUAAGUAUCUUUCUCAUGACUUGAAAGUAAAAAUAUCUUAAUUUUACACUUUUUGUUUUUCUUUAAGUUUUUCAGCUUAACCUUAAGCUAAAAGAAACCUUCUUUCUGAACUAUCUCUUGACUUUUGUUAAAUUGUGUUCCUUUUGUAAGGUAAAUAAGAACUAAAUUAUAAAGUUUACUAUAUAUUAACAAUGUUAAAUCUCUCUAAAGUAAUAAAUUUAAACUGUUUCGAAAUACCUAGUAGAUUGUAAAUAUAUUCUUAAUAAGUCAUUUUGGUUUAAGUUUAUGCACCAAGUUUAGUUUAUGAGCACAAGUUUAACUUACAAAAUGCACUGUUAGCCUUUUUUUCGAUUCAGUUUUAAGCACCAACUUAUUUUAGUAUUUCUUUUGAUUUAUUUAAAUUAAAGUUAAAUAAUUGAAGUACUUAAAUUACUGCCACUCAAAGCAUAUUUAGACGCUCUUACUUUCGCACUGUUCAAUUGAAGAUACAAAUUUACACGAAAUUUAUCCAUAAUCGUCUGUAUAUUACCCAAACGUAUUAAGCUAGCCACCAGUAUUAUAACUAACUAUAUAAAGGUAAUUUAAAUUAUUCACAUUUAAAUCACUAUGUAUUAAAAACGUGAACAUUUUCUAACUAAAAGAGUCAAUUCUAAUACCGUAAUUUGUACAGCGCAGCGAUUAAAUACUCAAGCAAAUACUCGUAUAGCAACUUUAAACUAGCUAAUAUAUAAUAUAAUAUAUUAAAAUUUUAAAUGUUUUUGGACAAAAGUUCCAAUCGAAGACAACAAAUACUGCUUGUGUGAGCGACAAUACCUAGUGACGUAAGGACUAGUCAUAAUUCAUUAUGAUCAUUUUUUCAAAUUUAUUUCAAUUCUAAAUGUUGGCCACUGGGGCGUAUGUGUAAUAUUAGGAUAGUUCAAAUACCAUUCUGUACAUAAAACCAUUUCCUCAAUUGAGUAUGGAUCUUUUAAUCGUUAGUCUAUGACAAUAGGCUCUCAUUUUUCCGAUUUGAUUUCCCUUUUUUGGUUUUUGAGAGAUACUCAAGCUCUCGGGGCUGUGUGGACAAUAAUAACAUAAAUAUGUUAACCAGAAAGCCACGGCUAAACUUUUGCUUGCUAAGAUAUGAAUAUAAUGAAAAUCACAUAACAGUUUGUAAAUAAAAUAUAUCUCGUAGUUGAAUGCCAUCAUUAAAUGCUUUUGUGAGUAAGUUAAGUGUACAUAAAGCCAAAUUAAGCCGAAGCAUAACACAAAAACCUAAACCUAAACGAGCGCAACUUGAAUAAUGUUAAACCAUCAGUUUUUGCUAUUGCCAGUCAGAGACGAACAGGUUACAUCUAGGGUAUUUUAACAACUAGCCAAACGUUAAUGUUGUGCGCGGAAAUCAACUUGAAAACGCUAAGAAACCACACACUUUCAUACAGAAAUAUAGGCGCACAAAUACGAAACAAAUAUAUGCUAUAUCUCGUAUACUAAAUCGUAUAUAUAUUCAAAUCACAAAAUAUUUGACAAGGGGCUGCGGAAUCUGCCUCUACAAAAUCUUUUAAGUAUUCAAAAAAGAUGUAGUAAUGAUAUUACCGCUAUACUUAAACCGUGUAUAUAAUUAGAAACAAAAUAUUCUUUGUGUUUACUGAGAGUUCUGUAUACAAAAUAUUGAAUUAUGAAUCAAAAUUAAGAAUAUUAAACACAAUCGAAGAUCCCUUUUCUGGCAACACCCGCCCAUGUUGUAUGAUUUGUAUGGUAGUUAAACCAAAUUAAAAUAAAUACUUAUAUAUUUCAGUGUAUGCUCAUUAACACAGAAUCAAAUAACUAAUCCUAAACAUAAACGAGUAAAAAAGAUUCAAGACCUCCCGGAAAGACCUCCACUCAUUUGAAAUACAACUUACCAACCUUCCCCAAUGAACACAAAUUUGAUUAAAGAUACAAUCCCCCUGCACUAGAUCUGGCUAUAAGAAUAACGUAUUUGAAGGUCACGAAACAUAACAAAAUUAUACCUAAUGAAAUGUAUUUGGAAUUCAAUAAAACGAACAUGUUAAAAAUUA